AUGCUUUGUGUGGUAAGAAUUAGAUAACAGAUUUUGGCAUAUAUAAAAGGAAAGAUAACUUUAUAUUGAUAACAUCUAAUAUGUAAUAUAAAAUAUAGAAGUUCCGACUAUAUGAUUGAAAACUGAACAGCUAUAUGGGAUGUUCUUUUAGACGGGUCAGACGCUCGUAAAACUUGAAACGGUUUAAUUCAUAAUUCUUGUGUGCAUGUUUGCCUUCUGCCAUUUGCAUCACUCGGAAGUGAAUUCACACGCGAUUGCCAACUAACCGAGGAUAUGAGAUUUGAGAAGUCAAUGAUCAUUGCAUUAUGAGCCUAAUUCAGGUACUUCAAAAACAAUUGUUAUAAGUUGGGAAACUCAGUAAUAAGAGGCCCAUGCAUGCAUGCAUGCUUGAACUGACUGAAUUGCGCUUAUAAUGCAAUAAUCAUUGACUUCUCAAAUCUCAAAUUGAGCUCGGUUACAACUUGUUCUUGCAGCUUUUAUAGUUUGUAUGUGUCUAUCCUGUUUUAAUUAUGCACCUGCAUAAAUAUUUGCUCUUUGUUCUAUAGCAUUCAGUUUUGCGGAGAUGCCCAGCUUGUGUUUCUCGAAACCUGACCCAGGAUUCUGCAUGGCGUAUUUCCCAAAGUAUUUCCACAAUGCAACAUCAGGACAGUGCGAGUCGUUUGUUUAUGGUGGCUGCCAAGGAAAUGAAAAUAAUUUUGAGACCAAGGAAGAUUGCGAGUAUACUUGCACAGGUAUAUUAAAUAUUUAACACUAUCGAAUAUCGGUGCGUCUUACAUUGACCAAAAUACCACCAUUCGAUUUCUCUUUUUAAAGGUUUAUUUUGAGCUGUUAGUAAAUAUAAGUACGACCUUGCUCUUGUAGUUUUAAAUAUGUCCAACUAGUAUGAGAUGUCAAGUUAAAAUUCCAUUGGAUGAACAAAUUUGCCCGUUAAUUUUCCUCUUUAUUUUCCUUCUAUAGAUAUCUGUUUACUUCCCAAAAAGCCAGGUUUAUGUAUGGCAUACUUUCCAAGAUAUUACUACGACUCUAAAUCAAAAUCAUGCAAGACGUUCGUGUAUGGUGGCUGCAUGGGGAACAGAAACAACUUUGAAACUUUGGAGGACUGUGAAACUAAGUGCAUUGCAUGAUAUGGUAUAUGCUGGAGUUUUGUACUUUACCUUGCUCGAAACAACGUUACAUAUGACUAACAUGGUUAUCGAUACUGUACUACACAUGCAUGCCUAUAUAGUGUACAGUUGUACUUCUGUUUCACAUUUUGUAGUGCACUGUUUUACUUUUACAGGGUGUCUAAAAAAGUGUCCUUUACUUUAGAAAUUCAUGUUAUAAUUGUUAUAAUGUUAUAAUUUGAAUGCCCGAGUCCAGUACUGAACCCAUGGCCAGCAUGGGUGUGUAAACACAAUUGAAUCGAAUUUUAUACAUAAUUCAUGGCGUUAUUUAACAGUUUUUGGUAUCGUUCAACAUGUGAAUAUGUUGCUGAUUAAUUUAACGCAAGCGCGUAAAACAGUAAACUCUUUGCUCUGUAGUCAGUUGCCAACCAUUUUUAAUCGAACUGACGGGACUCCAAGAGGUAAUGAAGUUUGGGUGUUUACAGCAAAAGGAUGAUUUCUAUAGGGUGACAUUUUUUAGAUACACUGAUUGCACGGCUGUGUUCCAUAAACGCAUGUUUGUUGCCUGCAGGUCAUCCCCAGUAUCCCAACAACAACUUGCUCAGUAAAUUAAGUGAUUGCAUGCAUAUAGUUCACGUACCUUACUCAAUUAAACACAGCCAUCGAAUAAACACCGCCCUCAUAAGACAGUGGCAGUGCACAUUUCAGAAGAGACAUUAAUUAUGUUCUUAGGGUUUUAGUUUUUGGGUUUAGUAUUAAAUUUGGUUUAUGUUGAGUUCAAAGGUUUUCAAUAAACGCCGCCCUCGAAUAAACGGCGCCGUCAAAUAAAUGCCGCAAGGAAAAAAAAUUGAAUAAACGAGUAAUUACCGUAGUCCGUACUUACAUUUUCUGCACCGGUUUGUGUAAGCCAUAGGCAUAGAAGAGCUUAAUAUCGUGUCACCAAAUGUGUUUUACAUUAUUAUUUUUUGGCUUGUUUAUAGCUGGUGCGACCCAUCUCAAGCAACAAGAACAAAAGAAAAAGACUGAUAUGUGAUUGGUGUAAUGAUUUUGUAGUUUAAUAAUAGGUCGUUAACUAGUUUUGUAUGUUUAGCUUAUUGAAUCGUUUCAUAUCUAGUAUUGCGUGGAAUAAUCAAUCUUAAUAAAGAGCACAUGCAUCAACAACGUGUUUGUAUUUACUUUGUGGGUCAUGUGUUUUCUGAAACACUAUAGGGUGUCCCCCCAAAAAACGAACUCUCUACUAGCAGGAUAUUAGCUCAUAUCCUGCUAGUAGAGAACCUCCCCUCCAAUUAUCGCGCUAGGAACGACCCUGCUAACACAAACAUAUUCAUGCAUACAGUGAAUUUAUUUUGUAGUAUUUUUUAUAGCGCUUAUAAAUGACUUAUCUUUUCUUUUUUUUAUUCAAAAUUUGCACAAUUAUGCAUACAUUAAUACGACAGAUGCACAGUUACUACACAAAAAAAGUUACAAUGAUUACAAAACAAUGAUUACAACUAAUAAAUUAUCGUGCGCAGUGAUCAAAGUAGCCAGAAGCUUUCGAGUUGAUCACUGAAACAGGUUUUAAAUUUUCUGAAACAUACUGAGAUUAUCACACCUGUCACCAACAUUGAUUCGUGAAAUAUCCGACAUUAAAUUAAGAGCUUACUGUAUCUUCUGUGUCGGUAUAUUCCUUAUUAGGCCGUUAGAUUUUUAUUUCACCUGUCUUGGAACUGAAAUAUUUUUACGGGAACUAACACUUUCGAACACGCUGAGUUCAAAUCCGAAAAGUUCCCGCUCUAUAGACCUGCAGUUUUCUCACCAACUGCAAUUUUAUCUUCACUAAUUUCACGACAACUUUUUCAUUGUUCAACGACACGGAUCGAUGACGACAAACGAUUAUGUCACUCAAAAGGACCAAUUUCUAUUAACCAGUCUUCCUUUUAACAAAAAACCGGUUUUGCUCGAAUCAUUUUGAUUUAUGAUUUUGUGUGUGUUGGUGUUGUGUACUCAUGCAGGUGAAUAUGUACUCAAGUGGCCACCGUGGCCAAGCUAACUUUUCAGUUUGCCCGGUGUGGGAGUAACAUCACAAACAUCAUUUUGAUUUGUGUUAUACAGGGUGUAUAAAAAAAACUGAACAGAUUUGAAAUUACUCUCAAUUUCACAAAACAGCUAUUAGUAUCCAGUUUUUUUAUGUAUACUGAGCUUCCUUGGGUACUUAUAAUGUAGAAUAAUGAAACAAAUUUCUCGAACUCAAAUUUUGUGAACCAAGGGUGUAUACUCUUUUCCAACAGACUAAAAAUGGCUUGCGCACGAAAUUUGUAUCUUUUCCAACAAACUAAAAAUGGCUUGCGCACGAAAUUUAAAAGCUUUAAUCAUAUUUUGAGUCAGUAAUAGAUGAAAGAUUUGUUGGGUUUGUAAUUACUGUACAAAAUUUCACACAAUUUGCUUUAGUUUUAAGCCCUUUAACUAUUCGCGCAAACUUACAUUUUUCCCUAAAAAUCAGCUAUUUGCAUGCUUAAUUAAUACCUUUGCCUAAUUUGCAUAUGUCAGCAAUAUGCAAAUUAAGUAAAGGCAUUAAUUUGAAAUGAAAUGAAAUGAAAUGAAAUGAAAGUGAAAUGAAAGUGAACGAUACCGGGGCGCAGCAAACGGCCUAUAUAGUGUGGCGGAUAUGUGCAUGAAUGUUUCUGAAGAGGGUUAAAAGCACCAAAUUGUGCACAGUAGCAUCUUUUUAUGAGUAGAACAACAUGCAAAAGUGGGGCCAUCGUGAAACUGUUUUUUUUUAGAGAGCUACGAUGCUGUUAGCAUUAUUUGCUAUUAAAUUCUACUACAACAAAAAAUGUGAAAUUUUGAAUUCAAUCGCGACAAAUAUAACUUGCAUCAUCAGAAAGCUUGUAAAAAACUACAUAAAAGACUUUUAAACAGUUUUUUUAUUCUUCCAGUGGUUAUUGCUGUAAAUUAGGCACAUUAUCUCGCUAAAAGUCCCUAAUUAAUUAUUUGAUGUUUGAAAAUGCGUUUUUAACAGUUUAUAAUUCGAAAACUAUUUCAGAAAUCAAAAAACUGUCUAAACGUCUUAUAUGCAUGAGUUUUUUAUAAGCUUUCUGAUGAUGCAAGUCAUAUUUGUUGUAAUUGAAUACAAAAUUUCACAUUUUUUGGCUAUAAUAGAAUUCAAUAGAAGAAAAUCACUAAUCACCCGUUUUCAGGAGUUAGCAGCAAAAUAGCGAUGGCCCCACUUCAAAUAUCUAUUAAGCAAAUAAAACUACAUCAAUUGUAAAAGUUUGAUGCUUUUAACCUCAACGGGUACUACUGAUCAAUAAUUUUACACAUAUCCGCCUCACUAAUAUAUUGAAUAUGACGACUGUUUGCGUUAAAUAGUACAGCGUAGCAAAACUACAACAAAUCAUGAUCAAGCCUGCAAAGAAUAUAGUCAGAAAUGCUAAGGCCUAGUUUAUAUGUCGAAUUUCAGUCGAAUUUAAUGCGUCGAAUUUCAGUAAAGUCAUGAUUUCCGACGAAAAUUCGACGUAUAAAUUGAUUCAAUCUGACGGGAUGCAUUAAAUGCGACGCUGUCGAAUUUUGCGACAUGAUCAGUCGUGUAAUGCGACCGAAACGCGACGAGUUUAUCUAUUGGUCGAGUGUCGAGUGUCGAGGGUUAAAUGUCGAGGGCGAGGGUAAAAAGUCGAGGGCGAGGGUAAAAAGUCGAGGGUGAGGGUAAAAAGUCGAGAGUAAAAAGUCGAGGGUAAAAAGUCGAGGGUAAAAAGUCGAGGGUAAAAAGUCGAGGGUAAAAAAGUCACAAAAAAAUACAAAUUCAAUAUUGAGGUCAGGUAACCGCUUUAGUGAGGCCAUAACGACGUCUACGUGUCUUCUCGGCAGUAUUGUUAUAUGAGCACUUCUAAACCAAAUAUAAUCAAACCUAUAAUAUGCGUUCCACGCACAUAUACUAUAUACGAUACGUGGUGCAUUCUGCGUUUUAAAUGUACAUAAUAUGCCACAGCGUGGCUUUGCGUCCUGAAUAACUCCUGAUCACAUUUGCAUGCAGCCGUGCAGACAACAAUACGAUCAGUUAUAUAUUGUUUAUUUUCUACACAAACUACAGUAUAUUACAUAUACUAAACAGGGCUCUUUAGAUCUUUAGUAAAAAAGCGCCCUGCUUUAACCGGCAAUAAAUAACUUGAUAUAGCCUACAUACAAGGUUCUUCAGUAUACUGUACAUGCGCUUAACCGGCUAAAUUAUUAUUCCGCAAAGCAGAUGAAUUGAUACACAGCCGUAAAACUCCGAGUACCUACCGUUAAAUUUUAAGAUAGCUAGACAGAACUCUUUAUAAACAAUCCCGCGUUCAAAAUAAUUGCGGGCCUCCAAUUUUAACGCUUUCCAAAUUUUCUUGAGUGCACACGAAACAAUAGCUUAAGCCUUAAAAUAGAAGUCAAGUUACUUGUUGUCAUCAUUGCCGGUCUCGAUUUUGUACCAUUGUAAUGUGUCCACGAGCAAAUUCGUGUUUUAAACAUGACUAUUAAAUGAUUGUUAUGAUUGUUAUUUAUUUAACUAACGAUUAAUGAUUGUUUAUGAUUGUUAUUUAUUUAACUAACUAACACGAGCAGAAACAGCAUCGACAAUGACUAAUUAUAGUACAGCUAAUUCAAAAAAGGUUGUCCUUCGAAAAUCUCAAACCUUAAACUCUAAGCGCGCAAAGAGUGAUGAGUAACUUCUUUUUAGGGCUUUUGAUUGGGAAAAUAACCCUAGUACACCUUGCACGCUCAUUUUCAGAGUUUAAGGUUUGAGAUUUUUGAAGCGGAAAACCUUUUUUGAAACACCUGUAAUUAUAGGAGAGGCUACAGGAGAGGCUACAUCCUCAUCAGAACUUCCUGACCGUACAGCAUCGGAAUAUAACUUGUCUGAAGACAUUUUCAGCGAAAUUGAAAGCGAAACAUCGAUCAAAUAAAUUUCAAGCCAAGAGAGCAGAAUGCAAGAUGCAAGUAAGGACUUAGGAUAUAUGAGGCGUGAUAUCCGCCAAAUAUGUUUAUUCGAGCCAGUGGAUUGCGGCAUGUCGGAUAUGUCAAUAACCUGAUCUGCCAAUAAAGGCGAAAACAUCGCCCAACGUGUGUGCGUGGAACGCAUAUUAUAUAACAAUACUGCCGAGAAGACGCGUAGACGUCGCUAUAUGGCUUAUCUGAAGCGGUUACCUGACCUCAAUAUUGAACUUGUAUUUUUUUGUGACUUUUUUACACUCGACUUUUUACCCUCGACUUUUAACCCUCGACUUUUUACCCUCGACUUUUUACUCUCGACUUUUUACCCUCACCCUCGACUUUUUACCCUCACCCUCGACUUUUUACCCUCACCCUCGACUUUUUACUCUCGCCCUCGACUUUUUACCCUCGACACUCGACACUCGACCAUAGAUAAACUCAUAUAGGCCUACUAUAGGUACAGUAUAUUGUUAUUAAUCUAUAUAUUCAAGAAAAUCUAUCAUUAUGAAUCAAUUUAUAACGACGAAAUAAUCAUGAAAGCUAGGACUUCUUGAUAUGGACACAAUUCUUGAUAUAUAUUCCAUCCCGCGACUGACCAGACAGACUGAAUAUUCCGUAUAUGAGAAUGGUUAGGUUAUGGGGAUAUUAAAAAAACUGAUCUGAAGGAAAAAACAACUCAUUCUUGCCCUAGCAAUGCAUGAUAAUCUACUGCCCGUUUUCGUUUUGUAGAUGUGUCAAGAAAAUACAGAUAAAUCAAAGUUUAUUCCCGUUGCCAAACCUAAUAUAUCGAAUUACGGUGAUUAUGAGGAAGGCAAACCAGUUCAAGUUAGAUAUGCAUUGUAUAAAUGGAAGGAUGGUAUAAUGUGAGUAAUUUUACUACAGUUGAGCCCAUAUGAAAGUCGCCUCUUUUAAGCAGACAAAUAGCUUAACAGUGGUAAAUUUCAAAAUAGGGGUUCGACUCAUAACUCAAGCAGUAGAUUAGCCUGCAUAGCAUGCACGUACUUUUGUGUCGCAAAUGGUAGUCAACCGGCAGUGAUCAGAGUGAGAAAAUAAUGAUAAUAAUUUUCAUACUAUGUGGUGGUCUUGUAGUUUGAAAUAAAUAUAGAAUUGAGAGAUGUAGUUAAAUUUGUUUUUUGAUGACAUAUGUAUGUGUAAACAUUUCUAAAGUUAACCACCAUUUGCACGCUGCCUGAAUUAAUGCAUGUAAUGUAGGUGUGUGGAAAAUAUAUCGAACGAACGAACUAAUGAUGCGUUUUUAACCCAUUUUAUUAUGAAUAUGAAAACCAAACUAUAAAGAGAUAACUUGAGCACUUUUGCAAUAAGACGUGUGAGCAGAUCACGCAAUAGCCGUGUGACCUGUUUUGACCAAUAAAAUUAGUUGAUCAUUAUUCUAUUCUUAACAAAAUGCACACCGCCACCGUUUGUACACCGUUACCCUAACAAGGUCAGGUCUCAGGUUUGAUCACAUACCAAACUCCUACUGAUGUUGAAGAUCGAUUUACAGAAACCUUUUGUCCUGGAUUAAUAAUAUUCAAACAUUACAGACAGUUGAACGAUUUAAACAACCAAGGUUGUUUGGGUGAUUCGGCUUCUUUGGAGAAAAGUGAAAGUGUGCAAAUUUCCAUAAACGUGCACAAAAACAUUGAACAGUAGUACCUUUGGUCCCAAAGUAUGUUUUUUUUUAUUAAGGUAAAUUACAAGAGAAGAAGUCCCACCUUUGCGGAGGCCUUUUCUAAAUUUCGUCAUUUCAUGAGCUGAUAUAAUUACAUGCAUGUUUUCUCUUGUUUAUAACAGAAGACAAUUGGUUAUAAACUUGAAUCCUAUUGGAGAUGAAGGGCAGUCAAAAGUAUCACGAAGUAUAACAUCGUCAAAUUUACAUCAAUACGUAGGUACCUCAAUUUAUUUGACAAGUCUACUUUACUGUGCAGCAUGAGCUCCACCUUUGAAUUUACUAUAUGAGAAAUUGUUAAACACGUCCAAAAUUAUCAAUACGAUAAAUUCGCGACACAUGUUGAGCCCUAACACCAACCCUUACAUAAUCUUAAUCUAAUUCAAUCUUUAUCUGACACUAAUCUAAACUUGAUGACCUUUUUUUUAAUAAUCUCUAAUAAUCUUUAAUAAUCAUGCUGACGGACAUGCGCUCACAAACGCACGCAUGCACAGGGCCUCUUUUAUCAUAUAAACUGGGGGAGCCGAGUUCCCACAACCUCUAUUUAUAGCUCUUUUUGGGCUCCCAAAGGUCCCUUCCGUCUAAGUUACUGAUAUGAGAAAUGGGACGAAUAAACUUAGUUGAGAAGAGGCCCCACAUAUGCACACAAAGCAAAUCGAGGUAUAAACACAAGCAGGGAAUUUAAAAAAUGACCAAAUAGUGUUAUAUUUAGUUUAAUUAACCUGAAAAUUUUAAUCAUGCAGUGUGCAUAUAUUGUUAGUGUAAUCUAUUGUAUCAUUUGUUAUUGCAACUUCUCUUACUUUAAUCAGACAUGGAAUAUAACGUCCAACAGUCUUCGUCCUCAGCUAGUUCAACCAAGUCCUGGAGGUUCCUCUUCAAGUGGUGGAGGUUUUAGUAUUGGCAGUCUUUUUGUUAUAGUGUAAGUGCCUUGUAUUAUCCGUUUCCAGCCAACAACUUUAAGAAAUAUAAUAUGAAACAUUCAGUACCCGGUUCAAAGCAAAAACGUUUCUAUUUUAGUUUCUUUGUUGUUGUCGUUAUUUAUCUUGUGGCUGGAAUAUUAUUUAUGAAGUAUAAAAGAGGAGCGACAGGGAAAGAAGUUAUACCAAAUUUUGAGUUUUGGGCGGCUCUGCCAGGAUUGAUUAAGGUGCAGUACGGCGGAAGAGAUUUAAGACUGCUUUCCAUUUAUACAUGAUUUAUUUGCGUAUGCGCAAGGAAAAGUUGAAGCCGUUAACAUUUUUAAUAUAUGUACUACUAAAGGGUUAUUAACGGAGAGCGAGGUCUGUACGGGAAAGUAUUUGCCUGAGGUUUUCGUACAGACCGAGCGGCGAAGGAGCGAGGUCUGUGCGGAUAAACCGAAGGCAAAUACUUUCCCGUACAGACCGAGCAAAACGAGGUUAAUAAACCGUUUAUCCUUAAACACAUUUUCUGAUUUUCAUAUAUUUGUUUGAGCGCUAUAAAGGUAUUUCUGAGCUAUGUUUUAUUUGCUAGUUUUCUUCGUUUAGAUUUGGUUUCGUCACCAAAUAUUGUUUACGGAAAAGCAUGUUUAACAAUCGGUUUAGAACUGCUUUUUCGGUAACCCCCACCUCCAGAAAAAAUGUUUAUAAACCCAGUUUAUAUGAUAUUUGUUUAGAAUAUGGUAUUAAAGACGUUAAAUUCAUCUUUAUUUAUUUUUUGAAACAAGUAAACAAAUCAAAAACUUUUCCCCGCCAAAACGUACGGUUGCCAGUAAGAGUUCAAACGGCUUCACAUAACGACCUUAUAAACGUGUAAACACGUUUCAAAUUCGAGCCUGUCAAAUUGACAUACGGGAAACCGGUCCAGAUACGGGAAAAUACGGACCACGGUCCGGAUACGCAUUUUACGGACCGCACGUCGACCAAUCAGAAUCCAGGAUUCUGCAAUAAUAAUAAGAGUUAUUUACCGAGACCGAGGAACAAAGUAAUUUAUUUAUGUGGUUCUUCAACUUAAAUCCAGAUUUAAACUUUUUUUGUAUAAACUUUAUCAAAUCUUUACAUUUGUCUCAAAAGCACAGUGCUCAUCGCGGAGAUAACCAUGCAGUUACAUUAAAAACACACAAUAACCAGCAGACAGAGAAUAAAUAAAAUAGUACGCCAAAUUGCUCCAGAAAUAUAUACUGAAUAUAUAUUUAUCAUAGUUUACUAUAAAUUGCUAAAAUAUACAACCUAUUUAAAACGUGCUGAUUGCUCAAUAAGUAACCUUACUGCGGUAAAUAUGGCAGAAUUAGCAUGAAAAUUCAACAUUGGUAAACUAAAACCAUCGUAAGCUAAGAGAUCGAGAUAACCAAUUAUUUCCAGCAUUCUGUAAGAGAAUUUAGGUUCAAAAGGCUCCGAACCGUUGUGAAACACACGAUUGCAUAUGGGAUUCCUUAACAAUUAACUCGGUUAAUCUAUUUUUUGCGUUCAACUGAAUUGGAUGUUUGGUUUCGUCAGGAAUGUUCGCUUUCGAAAUUCUUCCCUUGCACUUGACGAUUCCAUUCUCAUCCCAGAAUAAUCCAAACUGUUUUUUUCAUGUUUCAAACGAAGGGUGAUUUGGAAGAUCUAACUGGAUUUCUUUAAACCAUAAAAUUCCUGCGAUUUCAGCUUAUUCUCUUCGGCUCUUAUGAUGGGCUUUCUUCACUCGUCGAAUAAAUCGUAAAACCAUGGAUGUCACUGUAAUAAGCUUCUGGUAACUCCUAAACCUUAGUACGUCAUUUUGGUAACUUGUUUCGGUGCAUAUGAGUGAACAAGUGUUCUGAAAUUCCUUUCGAUCGUUGGCUUUCAUUUCUGUAAUACAUUCUUUCGGAAAUUCUUCAUUUAUUCUUCCCCUCAACUCCCUCGCUUUCGAUAUAUCCUUGAGCAUCCAUUGAGACCAUCUAACCAGGUUUGAAGUGCGCCUGAAUCAGUGGAGGUUGCUCCUCUAGAAGCAAUGUCCGCGGGAUUUACUUUAUCGGGGCCAUGUCUCCAGCAUUUCAAUGGCACCAAUUUUCUUAUCUCAACGACACGAUUUUGAACGAACUGUUUCGAUUCUUGGGUUUCACCAAGUAUCCAGUACACUGCUACGUUAGAAUCAGUCGAACAGGUUGGAUCAUCGAGCUUUAGGGUUUCAUUCAGAGCCCUUGUAACGGUUGAAAUAAGUCUUGCUAGUAUGACUGCUGAAAGAAGUUCUAAUCUUGGAAUGCUUUGUUUGUUAAUUGGAGAGACUCUUGUUUUGGUAAUAACAAAUCUUAUAAACGUUCCCAGUGAGGCAGUCAUUUUCAGAUAAACAAUAGCUCCAUAGGCUUUAAGCGAUGCGUCGCAAAAUCCCUGGAGACUGUAAGGGACCGGUCAUUAUUUAUGGCGGGGGGUGACACCGAAGAGAAAUGUUUUUCGUGGCAAAAAUUUUGCUGACUCAACAAUUAAAAAGUAAAAAAAUUGAUUACCCAACCUCAAAUAUCAAUUAAAAAAUAAAUACCCACCCCUGGCCAAAAAAUUUACAAAAGGUACCAUUCAGUUGUCACGUAUGUCCUUUACGACUUCUGUGACAUAAGGUUGAUAACGGAUUGUGAAAUUUUCUGCAGUCUAAAAAUUUUCAUGUUGUCUGCACAUGUACUUUCUUUUGAGAUCCCAUCGGAAAUAGAUCAAGAUAGUGACUCUGAUUGAUUCACAUAUUGUAUUGACAUAUGACGGCCUACUCUAGGGUGGUAACUCGCCUUAAAUCGCAGGUCAAAAUUGAUCAAAGUUCUAUUAUUAACCGCCUAAAACUGCCCAAACGCAUAAUGAUUAAAUCGCCAACAGGAAAGUAUAUAUAUAUAUAUAUAUAUAUAUAUUCUUAAAUCACCCUAUAUCGCAGGGGCGGAUUCAGACAGGUUUGACAGGUUUAUAUAAACCUGUCAGAUUUUCCAAAGAAAGAAAAUCUAUAACCUUCCAUGUACAUAUAUAUAUAUAUAACUAAUUUAAUUUUUAAAGAAUAUUCUGUUUCAUAAACUUGAUGUUGUCUAAUCUAUUACGCCAUUUAAAUACUCUUAUUGAAAUUUGAUUCUGGAUUACCGAGCGUAUUUAGACCCACUUACAUAAGAAGCAUCAAGAAUUAAGGACUUAUCGCGUUGGUUUCCUCUUACGAAAUGUUGUAAUACUAGACUGAAAUAAUCUGCUAAUGUAUCGUCGUGGGUCGUGGACUGAAACAUCGCAUGAAUCACACAUAACCGCCCGCAAUUAUGAGUAAACCGGUGGUCAGACCGUCAGAGUUUUCUCAAUGAGAGUAAACCGGUCGAUACGCCAUUCGAUUGGCUAAACGGCUGCGCUCCGACGGAUGUAAACCGGUCAUAAACCUGUGAGUCGAGCAGUAUUUAGAGAAAACUGGGAAUGAAAGUUAACAGAACUCGAGGACGCGCGAAAUAUGUUUAUAAUUUUGCGUGACUGAAAAUUGCGUUGGCGAUAGAAGCAUUUACAUGGAUUUCUUGUUCAUUUUGAAGGUUUGUUUAAAAGUAUAUAGUUUAAAGUUAUAUCUGUAAGCUAUUUAUACUUACUGUAUAAUAAAUAUGGAUCCGUCAACAAGCGUAUCGAUGUUUAUACGUGUAACUUCUACACAGUCUACAAUCAUGAUAGCGCGAAAUAUGUGUAUAAUUCUUAUAAUAUUGCGUGACCGAAUCAUUGCGUUUGCGAUAGAGAAUCAGGAAAUAAUUGUAAAGCUUUCAUGCUCUUGCAGUUUGGUUUCUAUUUCAUUGUUAAAGCGGUUAGUUUGAAAGCGUAUAGAUCUAAAAUUACAACAUAGUAUGUUUAUAUUAAAAGCUUCUCUACUUGUUGUACUUAUAAUAAAUAUCGAUGCGUCAGCAAUUUGCCAAUCCUAUAUUUUUAUCACCGGCUAAUAAGUUUCCGAAAAGGUUCAAUUUAUUGUUUGAGCUGCGUAUAUUAGUCCAAAAUUCUCUUAAAAACAUGUAUUUUCUAACCAUUAAAUUAAUUUAAAAGGUGACGCCAGAACGCAGGAAAUGCUGUUUCAGAGGCCCGAAUUUUAAAAAUUUCCCGGGGGUGCAUGCCCCCGGACCCCCCUAGUGGUUGUGUGGACCCCCGGACCCAUAGGCGUACCGGGCGGGGGGGCGGGGGGGGCGGCAGUCGGGCAAUUUUGGCUUGCAAUAAAAAAAAAUGUGACAAAUUCUGUAAAUUUUGUCUAAAAUUAAGUCAAUUUUUGGCAAAUUUUGUGAUUUUUCGAAAAUUUUGUGUAUGGGGGGUCGCCAAAAACUAGUCGGGCAAAAUCCCGAAAAGUCGGGCAAUUUUCUUUCCGCCCCCCUAAUUUUUUCCUUCCGGUACGCCCAUGCCCGGACCCCCCUAGUGGUUGUGUGGACCUAGUAAACCUGUCAUCCAAAACGCUCGAUCCGCCCCUGUGUAUCGCUCAAACUCGCAUUGCUUAAAAAUUGCAGAUUUUGCUUAAAUCACCUAAAAUUGCUUAAUUUAAACUCACAUUAUCUCGUUAUCGCCCCAGAGUAGGGCCUACUGUUGCCAUUGCUUUUUAGUCCCCAAUACUUCAGUGAGUCAUGCUUUGGAAAUUACAAUAAUUUUUUAUUACCCAACCCUCGAGUUGUUUUGUUUUUCAUUUACCCAACCUUUUACUUACUCAAAAUUUAGUUUACCCAACCCUUUUCUCUUCGGUGCCACCUCCCACCAUAAAUAAUGACCGGUCCCUAAGGAAGAACCUUUUCUUCGAUUCCCGCUUGAUAACAUCUCAAUGUUAGGGUCGAUUCUAUAUUUUCCAGGUCUAGGACAAGAUCCUCCCACUUCUUCUUUAGUUCGCUCGAUAAUUCCCUUCUUCGAUUCCCGCUUGAUAACAUCUCAAUAUUAGUGUCGAUUCUAUAUUUUUCAGGUCUAGGACAAGAUCCUCCCACUUCUUUAGUUCGCUCGAUAAUUCCUCGUCCCAUUCAACUUUAGAUUGGCAUACAGUAUCUCCUGAAAGAACACCUUUAAUUUGACUGUUAUGGGUGCGAGAACUCCCAAGGGGUCGUAGAAACGGGAUAUGAUACCAAUGACAUUUCGCAUCGUAGGCGUAGGCUUGAGUUCUCUAGCUGCUUGGACAAUAUAGUUCCACCGAAUUCCCAGAAUCGUUUCUGAUUACAGACUGUUGAUUUGAAAUAUGACUUAUCCUCAGUACACACAUCAUUGACCACAUCUGUCGUUGACGGCUGACCGAUGGCGGGGUUUCUUCAUUUUGCUGUAUAUUUUGCAUUAGGAUUGGAGAAUUAGAUAGAAACUGGCGAAGAUUGAAUACACCUUCACUUAGUCGUUGUUUUGAUUUUAUUAAUAUACGGUUCUUAGGCUGCGUUGUCAUCCUUGGCUCCAGAACUUAGAUCAUCCACGUAAAUGUCAUUCAGAAACUUCUGUACAAACUCCAGGUCUUCUUCCUGAUAUGUUCAAUGUGAUGUUUGAUUGUCCCAUUCAACAAAAAUGGACUGGCCGUCACCCAGAAUACCACUCGAGUAAAUCGAAAUAUCAUAAUCUUAGGAUCAUCCUUAGUGAUAUCAUCAACCCAGAGAAAUCUCACGAGGUCUCGAUCUUCCUUUGCAAUGGCAAUCAUCAAAAACGCCUUUUCAAUAUCUCCGACCAAUGCUGUUGGAUGACACCUGAAUCUCAGCAGAAUGUUUACAAUGUUCUCAGCAAGCGAUGGACAAGUGUAUAAGCAAUCAUUCAGAGAGGGGCCCUCAGAAUGUUAUCGUAUCCCUUCAGGGUUUUAGGAUCUUGUUGGAGUUUCCUUAGGAGAAAUUCUAGCUAGUCUCCUUAGACUAAGAUGAUAGAUGUCUGGUAUGGUGACUUGGUUAUCAUUUCAUGGUAGGUGAACUUCAUAUCGACCAUCUCGGUGUUUCACAGUACUUAGAAACUGUUCAUAAACAGAAUGCUCGUCAGGACCGAUACCAAGUGAUUCUAAUUCCCAAAAACAUUUCAGGUUAGUUUCGAUUGUUGUUUCUGGGGAAGGGGUGUGUUGGAUAGAACAUCGUAACACAUGGGUAGAUGCUAUGUUGACAUUGGAAUAGGAAUCGGGUGAUGCCCCCUUCACUGGACCAGACAAAACCCAGCCGAGCUACAUAGGUAUGCAUUGCUGUAGGACCAUCGUUUCCAUGGAUUACAUGACCAGUGACCAACUGCCAACAAUAAUUGCUUCCGAUCAGUAUAUCCAAAUCGAAUUCUUCUCCAUCGUUUGCUGAGUCAGCAAGUUUUAGACUAGAAAGAUGUUCAUAGGAUUGUUGGGCACAUCUUGUCGACAACAUAAGCCGAUAGGUUUAACUUAUGUCCUCUCUCAGUGUCCAACUGAAGUUGAACCAUAUCACAUGCAGGCCAAGAGGUAAUAUCUGCAUCCUUAGAACCAAAUGCAUUAAUCUUGAGGGUAUCUUUUCUUACUAUAGGGAGAUUCAGCUUGUCUCUCAUUGCGGAAGUUAUGUAUGACCUUUAAUUUGUCUUCCACUGUCAAAUACUCAAAUAUAAGUCUUGCCUGCGACGUCUUACUAGGAUCUUUCGGGUUGUAAAUGGUGGCUCUUGCGGUUUGUAAAAGAAUCGAGGACUGUGCAUCGACAAACAUAUUGACAUGGGUGUUCUGAGGUUGUUCUCUAUUUUGGUUCGUGGGUUGGUGACCUACCAUGCGUGUGUGUGUUCUUCAGGGGGGGGUGGUGGUGGCAGGAUGCUUCUUGUUCUGGUGGGGUAGGUUUCACUUUAGAAUUUGAUGGGCAAAUACUAAUGUGAUGACGCAUCACAUUUAAAACACUUUAUCUUAGAUUUGCAUUCUGUGCCAACAUGAUUCUUUCUAAGGCAUAUAUAACAUCUUCCAGGCAGAAUUUCCUUUCUCUCAUUUAUGUCUGUCACGGUACUACAGACAUAUUAUGGUACUAUUUGAAGGGUGGGGUUGUUGACAGUAGUAGGUGCUUGUUGGACUUCCUCCAGUAGUAAACAAAGAUGAUGCAGUUGGGAUCUUAGGUUUAUACAGUGGCUUAGAUGGGGGAUCCCUUGGACUACCGGGUAAGAGACUUGCCCUCUCUCGAGCCUCUAGUUCCCUUUUAAAGAUUUUGAUGAGUUCAUCUAGAUCCCAGUCUUCUUUGAGUUGCUUUGUAGCUUCUAAAUGUAGCUCUUCAGGCAACUUAUCAAUUAAAAUAGAUGUUAACAGACUACCAUAUGAACCAGAGUCAACUUCAAGUGAUUUCAAUCCCCUCAUAUGGCUCUCUACUUUAUCAUGUAAUUGCCCAAGAGCCUUUAAAUUAUCUACAUUACUACAUUAGUCACCUUGGGCAGGUUUAAUAAAGCAUUCAUGUAGGCAUUGACAAUUUGUUGCUGAUUACCAAAUCUUUUGUCUAAGAUAUUUCUUUAUAAUCUAGUGUGUAAAAUGCUUAAAUAACGAUCCCCAAGAUUGAAUAAUUUAUUAGCAGGAGGUACAUAAAAUAAAUCACGAAUCAAAUUAUUUCUAAAAGAGUCAACUGAAGAAGAAUUUCGUAGUUGUUCUGGAAGAAUAUUCCAAAAUUUUAUAGUCAAUGGUAAAAAAGGACUUUGUAAUUUUUUUCCGUAGAGGCAACGGGCACGCACAAUAAACGGGCUCGAAUUUGAAACGUGUUUACACGUCAUUACUUGAUCGGAGUGUACUCAGAUCUUUGACCAACCCGAAUAGGGCAAAGAUCAGAGAUAUAUUCAGGAAAUAAUCCAUUUUUAAUCUUAUAUAACAAAGUUACUCUAUGUAUUUUCCUUCUAUUAGUAAGCUUAUGUAAACCAAUAUCUUGUAAUACACUCUCCCUGUGCGUACCCUUCAUAGCCCCAGUUAUUAUCCUUCCAGCAUCAGUUUGUACGGAUUCAAGCCAAUCAGAUUCAUAUUGAUUGAUUGAUUGAUUGAUUUUUAUCAGUCAAUUAUUCAAGAUUCGAACGAACAAACGACUUAUACAAAGACUUCAAAGUUGUUCUAGAAAAUUUUAAACCUUCGAGAAGAUUCAAUUUUUUAGAGCUUUUUCACGUAAAUUAAAAACAUGACGAGUCCAAGACAUGUUGUUAGAAACUUUAACUGUUGUUAAACUUUACCGUACGUAUCACAUACGUAUAAACGACAACCUGCUCUCUAUACGUAUUUCAAUUAGUGUACACGUACCUUGGUAUCUUAAGUACUGUUUAAUAAACGAGCAGGAGUGUUUUAUUAUGUUUAAAGACACGAGCGCGCAGCGCGAGUGGCUUUAGACCAGGCUUUAGACAUAAUAAAACACGACCUGCGAGUUUAUUAAACGGCUUCAAACACGACUACAAAUUCAAUAGAUAUGCUGCCUAUUAGUAUUCUUUAUAUAAAGAAUACUAAUGGGGACACGACUACAAUAGAUACUGCCUUAUUAGUAUUCUUUAAAUAAAGAAUACUAAUUAGGAGUGUUUUAUCAGGUUUAAAACCACUGCACGUGACAUAUUAUGGUUGACAUGAUUUGCCAUUAAGCUUAUGAAUUAUUAAUGAGUGUUUGAAAUGUAUUUUUAGGAUGGCUGUGUAUUCUCUAGCAAGAAAAUGAAAGAUAUAUGCCAUUGUAAAUGUGAUGGAUACAGUACAAUACCGUAAGAGAUAUUCCGUGUCGCUUUUGGUAGGCAGUUCGUUGACGAGCAUCUGUGGAGGAGGCAGGAGGAGCGUUACUGGAUUCUUCAACUUUUAGUUAUUGAACUAAUUCGCAGACGCUUAUACGAGCGUAACUCGUAAGAGUGAUUAGUCGCUUUUACCAUAGACAUAGUAUACUUUGUAUAUUGAAUUUGACUUAUUAUAAACGCAAUAAUAACCAUUCCGGAUUAGGCUACUAAUAAAGGGUUGUAGCAAUACCCAGUAUUUGUACAUAUAGCUACAUUUUGUUAGACAGAACUUUAAUUGUGAAUAAAACACGACCUGCGAGUUUAUUAAACGGCUUCAAACACGACUAUUCUUUAUACUAGUAAUAAUCUUAGAUUAGUGAAGUGCGUUCGGUCACAGAGGUUCGGUGUAGAGUACACGUUGUCCAAAAUGUUAUUAUUGCAUCAUAGGGUAGUUAUCAAAAGUGGGCCGGAUGCCAUCAUUUGGAAACAACUGAUUUUUUAUUGCAUCUACUUCUCUUUACUGUUUUUCACAGGCUGGCAUAAGCUAUUUAUUUCUGUUGUCACAUUGUACAUUAACUUUGUCUUCAAUGUUAUCACUGGAAGGGCCUACUGUAAAUCAGGCGAUAUUAUUUCAUGUGUCCAAAUAUCUACUUGCAUCUACUUCUCUUUUACUGUUUUUCACAGGCUGGCAGGCACAUAAAGCU